CCCAUUCAAAGGAAGCACUCUCACCUUUUACUAAUUUGUUUUUUCAGUCAUUUUCAUUUACCAACAAUGCCCAGCACAAGAUGAGAUGAUAUCCAGUCCUUCCAUGAAAAAACUCCUCAAAACUCCUAAUCUUGAUCAGAAAGAGAGAGAAGAGCACAAAAAAGAGACAUGGGUUUUCUUCCAAAAUUAGCAACAACCAUGAUUGGGUUAUGUGGGUUGUUCAGUCUGGUUUCAAGUGAUCCAAACACGAGAGUGAAAACAGUUCUGUGCAAUUCAGGUGAGUACUCAAAGGGUGAUCCUUUUGGCAUCAGUUUGGACUAUGUUCUUGCAGAUUUUGAGGCUUCUACACCCACAGACAAGGACUACGAUUACCGCAACAUCUCUCCUUAUCCAAAUUCUUAUGCAUAUGGUCAUGCUGCUUGCAACAAGAAUCUUACAACUUCAGACUGCUUGACAUGUCUUGGUGCUGCUAAGACGGCCAUGUUUGGUGCUUGUCAGAGUCGGAUUGGGGCUCGUUCGGUGCUCAUUGAUUGUACAAUUAGGUAUGAGCAAUACCCAUUUGAUGAUUGAUUUGUUUGGGUAUAUCUAUCAAUUGCUAAGAAUUUGCACUUUCUGCUAUGAGGGAUGGACUGAUGAUGUAAACCCAUAAAUCAAUUCAUCCUUGUUGCUUUGAUUACUUUGGCUUUUCUUUGUCCAUCUUUGGUCUCUUCAUCAAGCAGUGAAUGAAAGAACUGUGUUUUGUCUCCA